AUCUCGCAUUUUAAUCCACUCUAAAAAAACCGAGUCAGCUAUGCCCCAAAAACAAAUCUUUGACAUUUUGCCUUCAAUCAAUAUUUUCAUGUUGGGAUAAUCGACGAAAAUGGGCGGUGUUUUAUCCUGCAUCGAUGACCAGGUGCCUACCAUGCAGAGACUUCGCUAUGACAUGACCCCAAUCAAAUCAAAGUAUUUGCCCAUCGUUUGGCUGGUAGGCCCGCCAGGAUCGGGGCGUAACACCCAAGCCAAAAUGUUAUCAGAAAAUUUACAAUUCUCGCACAUCAAAGUGGCGGACUUGUUGAGAGAGGAAGCUGAUAAGGACACCGACAGGGGACGGCUUAUCAACGAGGCGCUUCACCACAGGGCCAAGAAAAUCCCCGACUGCAUCGUCAUCGACUUGAUCAAAGAGGAAAUGUUGAGAAAAUCGGAAAAUAGCAAAGGGUACAUUAUCAAUAAUUUCCCGAGGAAUAGCAAACAAGCAGCGAUUUUUAUUAAAGAAAUUGACGAUAUCGACGCUAUUAUUUACUUGUCGUGUGACGUUCCCGUGAUGGUGAGGCGGAAGAAAAUCAAGAGUGAAGGCCGACUAGAUGACGAAGUCAUCAAAAAGUCGAUCACCACUUACACGAAAGAAGUCAAAGAUGGCACUUCCAAGUACGGAAGCAAAAUCGAAAAGAUUCGCGCCAACGAAGACGCCAAUGAAGUCUACACGAAAAUCGAAGCCGCCAUUUCGGUUCGGAUUAGCACAAGAAAUAAAAUCACCAAUGAAUCAGAUUACGCCCAAGCGCAAGAGAACGAAUCACUGGUCUCGUAAAAUUAACUCUUUCCGGUGCUUUGUAUUCGAAAUUUUAAUAAAAACGUUAGUUGCAAUGUU